AGGCUGCUCCAAGACGCUGCUGGUGGAGAAGAGGUAUUCUGAGUGGACUCAGGAGGCGUGCACACCAUCCGCCACUUCCGAGCAUAUAUUCGCUAAUGUGCAGUUCAGCUAAUUUUCAGUCCCCGGACAAUAAAGUAGACGAGCUCAGGGCGAGGAUCUCCUUCCAGAGAGACAUCAGGAUUGCAACAUACUGUUUCAUAAAAUCAUGGCGCUCUCCAGAUAUACUGUCCCCGUUCAUACAGCCAGCUGGUUUCUCAGUACAUCGCUCAGACCGGAAUAAAUAAUUCUCCGGGAGGAAGAAGAAAGGUGGUGUAUGUUUCAUGAUUAACAACUCAUAAUGUGAUUGUGAUAGCGUACAGGAACUCAAGUCCUUUUGUUCCCUCAACCUAGAAUGCCUCACGAUCAAAUGCUGACUGUAUUACCUCCCAAGAGAAUUCUCUUUGGUUAUAGUCACAGCCGUGUUUAUUCCCCAUCAAGCCGAUACCACGAUGGCCCUCAAGGAAUUUCACUGGACUUUGUGCAAACUGGAAACCACCUAUCCUGAGGCUGCAUUCAUGUAGCUGGGUAUUUUAACUAAGCAAAUUUGACACAUCAAAACAUUGCCUUUAGUACUCGCACAUCAGACUGGGAUAUGUUCCGGGUAGCCUAUGAGAAUAACAUUGGCGUAUACAGUGACUGAGUUCAUCAGGAAGUGUAUAGGGGAUGUGGUUCCCACUGUGACUAUUAAAAUCGACCCAAACCAAAAACGGUGGACAGAUGACAGCAUUCGCACAAAACUUAAAGAGCAAACCACCGCAUUUAACUACAGCAAGGUGACUGGGAAUAUGGUUGAAUACAAACUGUAGUUAUGCCCUCCGUAAGGCAAGCAAACAGGCAAAAUGUCAGUACAGAGACAGUGGAGUAGCAAUUCAAUGGCUCAGACACGAUACGUAUAUGGCAGAUUACUAAUGGAAAACCAGCCAAGACACGGACACCGGCGUCUUGCUCCCGGACAAGCUAAACACCUUCGCCCGUUUUGAGGACAACACAGUGCCACCAACACGGCCCACUCCCAAGGACUGUGGGGUCUCGUUCUCCGUGGCCAAUGUGAGUAAGACAUUUAAGCGUGUUAACCCCCGCAAGACUGACGGCCCAAACGUCAUCCCUAGCCAAGUCCUCAGAACAUGCGCAGACCAGCUGGCAGGAGGGUUUAUGGACAUUUUCAAUCUCUCCCUAUCCCAGUCUGCUGUUCCUACUUGCUUCAAGAUGUCCACCAUUGUUCCUGUACCCAAGAAAGCAAAGGUAACUGAACUAAAUGACUAUGGCUAAGCCUUCAACACAGUAGUACCCUCCAAGCUCAUCUUUAAGCUCGGGGCCCUGGGUCUGAACCCUGCCCUGUGCAACUGGGUCCUGGACUUCCUGAUGGGCUGACCCCAGGUGGUGAAUGUAGGAAACAACACCUCCACUGCUGAUCCUAAACACAGGGGCCCUACAAGGGUGUGUGUUGUUUCGCCUCAGCAGCAUGGCUGUGGUCAUCCGCAUGCAGGGUCUCCCGAUAGUGGCGGGGACCAUGGACAUACGCCAUUUCUUCUCUGGAUUGACCAUCCCAGAUGGUGGGGUGCAUAUUGUAGGGGGUGAACAUGGUGAGGCUUUUAUUGUUUUCGCCACAGAUGAAGAUGCCAGGCUUGGCAUGAUGCGUAACAGGGGAGCAAUCAAAGGUUCAAAAGUGUCACUUUUGCUGAGCAGCAAGACCGAGAUGCAGAAUAUGAUUGAGCUUAGCCGCAGGCGUUUUAAAACGGGCAAUGUAGAGGGAGCAGCAGGAAAUGGUAGAAGGCCAGGUCCCCCCGUCAACACAUGUGGGAGGGGCAGUCUACCCAAUACUUUACAAGGGUUCAGCAACACCACACCAGCCACCGUCACCACAGCUGCCUCUGCACAUGAAACCAUAAGCAACAAAAAUGUGUCCACGUUUGCCACCACUGGCAUGGGAAACAUGCCCCCCAGUUUCAGCAACAACUUCAGCAGCCCAAAUCUCACCAUGGGAUCCAGUAUGAGAACAGCCAUGUCCUCCCGCAACUCUGUACCACCACCUAUUCACCCUUUGACAACCAUGCCACCCAUGCCUUCCAUACCCACCAUGCCACUUCCACCACCAGUGUCCUCUGUGCCUCCUGUUGCCACUGUGUCACCUUUAACCCAAGGCCCCCCUGUCCUUCCCAUGAGUCUGUCCCACAUGGGCUCAAUGCCACCAUUCAACCCAGGUGUCCCACCCCCUAGUGGACUGGCCCCAAAUCACAUGUUUGUUGGCCAUAUGAACCCUCUGUUAAAUCUCCAGGCACACAUGAAGGCAGCAAUAGGUAAUUCAGACGAGUUAUAUGUUCACCUUCAAGGCCUGCCCUUCUCAGCUACUGAAAGGGAUAUUGGGGAGUUUUUCUGUGGGUUAGGGGUGGACUCCAUCCAACUGGUCAGGGACAACAUUGGCCGGAGUAGCGGCAGGGCCCUGGCCAAGUUCUUUUCCCCUCAGGACACUUUUGAGGCACUCAAAAGAAGCAGCGGAAUGUUAAGGCAGAGGUACGUGGACAUCUCUCCGGCCACAGAGAGCCAGUGGAUGAGUGUCGGCAGUGGUGGCAACGGGGUUGGAGGGCAAGCCCACUCAAAAUCCAGUAAUGUGCCCCAAGACCAGCAUCACCGCAGCAACAUGAAUUCAGCAUAUCCUUCAACCAGAGAUCAUGCAAGGUCUCGCUCCCCUCACAACAAGGAGUUCUGUGUCUACCUAAAAGGCCUGCCCUAUGAAGCAGUAAAUAAACAGAUCUGUGAGUUCUUCAAAAAGCUGGACAUUAUGGAAGACCGCAUUUACAUUGCUUAUGGACCCACUGGCCGAGCUACAGGUGAGGGCUUUGUCCAGUUGAAAAAUGAAAUGGAUUACAAGGUUGCCCUCAGCUGUCACAUGCAGUAUAUGGGAAGCCGAUUCAUACAAGUUCACCCCAUCAGUAAGAAAGCUAUGUUUGAAAAGAUUGAUUCCAUUCGUCAAAGGAUGCAGGGUGUUGAUAAGAAAAAUAACUCUGAGUCCGGCAAGAGCCCUAGAAACUGUGCACACAUCUCAAAUAUUCCAUAUAAUGUGUCAAAGAAAGAUGUCCAUCUGUUUCUGGAAGGCAUUGCAGUAUUUGAAGAAAGUCUUAAAGUUCUGGUUGACAGCAGUGGUAACGGUCUAGGUCAGGCUGUUGUGCAGUUCAGGGUAGAGGAGGAUGCGCUAAAUGCUGAGAGACUACACAGGCAAAAGUUAAAUGGCAGAGAUGCCUUUGUGCAUUUGGUCACCUUUGAGCAGAUGAAGGAAAUCGAGAGAAACCCACCACCACAGGUUAAGAGAGGCCAGAAAUUUGAAGGGAACACUCAAGGCCAGGCACACGGCCAUGCUCAGGCACAGAAUCCUAUUCAAGCCCAAGCUCACACCUUUGCCAGUAUAACAGGAGAAGAGUUCAACUUCCACAGAAACACUGUUGGUAAUUUAGGCAAUGGUCCUUUUGCUCAAUUUACUGUCCCAGGUAAUGGAAUAGUGGGCCCUCCUCCUCUACCCCCAUUUGCAGCAAGUCUAGAUAAUGUAGCCCAUAGCAUUCCCCCACCCAUGGUUGCUGGUCACUUGCCUGGAGCAGUUCUGGCACCCCCAAGCUUCCGACCAGGUAGCAACAAUGGCCCACCUGGCUUUGGACCAGAGGGCAUGAGGGACAGGCCACCUUUUGACAACGGCACUAGAAAGAGUGGAGGCCAUAACAACCGAGGAAGUGGCCAAGGGCGUUUAGAUGUGUGCCCUCAGUCUGCCUUGGGCCGUGGCCCUGGCUCUGACCCUCUGAGAGAGCAGUCACCCGGAGGCCCUGGUAACCCUCGUGGACCAACCAUUGUAAAGAUCCAAAACAUGCCUUUCACCGUAACAGUUGAUGAGAUCCUAGAUUUCUUUUAUGGGUAUCAAGUGCUGCCUGGUUCAGUCUGUCAACAGUUCAGUGAAAAGGGCCUGCCCACUGGUGAGGCAAUGGUUGCCUUUGAGUCACACGAGGAGGCAUCAUCUGCUGUCAUGGAUUUAAAUGAUAGGCCUAUUGGGGCUAGGAAAGUGAAGAUAACCCUAGGAUAAGACUCCAAUGUUCCUCUCUACCAAUAAUGAUUAAGUGAAACAUCUGGUUUCAUUAAUGCAAAGGUAAGAACUUGCAUUUAGGAUUUAAGCUCCCAACUAUCUUUAGCUCCUUUACCAAAGUUAUCAAGUUGUUAGUAGCGUAAGAAUCAAAUGGAACGCUGCUAUAUUGAUUUGAUGUAUAAUAUAGCUAAAGUGGGAUGUUUGGAUUUUCCAAAUGGCAAAAAGCCAACUGUUGAUGUAGCUUGAGUCCAAUCAUAUUUAGAGUAAGAGCCUUGGAUGAUAUGGUUGGAUUAAGAGGAUAGUCUUAUUUCUGUGCUGAGAUGUCACUUUCACUUGGAAGUAUGUAAUUAUUUUCAAAUGCCCUGACACAUUUUGUGUUCUUGUAUUUCUUCCAUAGAUUUAACAUUCUCUUUGUGAUGAUUUUCUAAAGGGGGUACUUGCCAAAUGCUGCCAUGCAUGGUGUUAGUACAGAGAACACUCAUUUGUGUCAUGGUUAAAGCAUUUGCUUAUUUGCUCUAUGCUGUUUUUCACUGUUAAUAAAUGCAAAUGUCAAUGUUGAUGCUAGCUAUGUUGUAUGAUAAAUUGUACUGCUUGUUUCUGAGAAAAAGAUGUUGAAUAUUGCAUUUGGUUUAAUGGUCUGCAGAGCUCUUUAGAACUUUUUGUAUCUGCCAACCCUCCCACUGUGAUAUACUCUUUUUGAAAAUGAGCUGUUUUGCAAAGAUGUAAAUACUAUUUGGAAUGUUUUAGUUUUGUAGUGUUGUCUAACAAGAGACACUUAAGUUUUAUAUUUUUGGGGACGUUCCAGCUUAUUUCACAAGUGUGUAUAUACUGUUUAGCUUACACUUUUGUCAAUAAAAUGACAUUCCUGACAGA